CUUGAAUCAUCACGACUAACCAGCCCUAGCCAACCCGCAACGACGCACGAAGGUGCAUGUUGGAUUACAAAGGAUUGCGCGCCAUGUCCUGAACUCGCCGCGAAGGACAUUUUGACAAUGGAAGGACUCUGCACCUACGGGUGCCUGGGGAUUACGGGCUGACGGAAUGGCGGUGUCUGACGCUUGGUGCAGUCAAUAUUUGGUCACAGCUCUUGAUCGUGGAGGAUAAAGCAGAACCUGCCAUCAUUCAGUCGCGGCUACGGCUAUGCCGCUGCUGUCAUUUUGCCAUUUGUGGGACCCUUGCUCCCUUACAGCGACGACGGAGAGGGAGCAACCCUCGCCCUACCCCAAGAUGCGCCCGAUGCGCCCGUCUGACGAUAUCGAUGCUCACUGAUCGUUACUACGCCAUACCGUGGCCAUCAUGGCUGAUUACGAAUUCAAGGACAAGCAAAGGGGCUGAUCAAGGAAUGGACCCAACGGCGGAACUCAUCUUUGCCUAGAGCAGGCCAAUAGGUGUGGCAUGGGUAUUUCGGUCGUUUGGACGGAUGGUUUCGCGAGGCACUGAUGCCAAAGAUAUGCCCAGCCAAAGGGCUCAUCAUUGAAGCAAACACCGUCACCAUGUCGAGAGGCAAGUCCAAGGCUUCUUGCCGAAGUUGUCAAACCGACUCCUCACAUGCGACAUGUGCGGGUCACGACUGUCCAUGCCCCAACGCUGUCGAAGCCUUGAUGCUCUUGUCCUCCAUCGACAUAAAGAUUGUGGCAUUGUGCUGCCACCGCAGAUGCUGCACGCUGGUAGAGGUCGGCAUCCAGCCCAGCGUCUGGCCCAGUUGCCCGCACGCUUCUGAAUGUUGUGCUUCGCGACAGGUUCUGCGGGCCUGGGAGAGAAGAGGAGGAGGAACUGGCGGGUAUUGGCGCGUAAAUCGUACAUAGUGACAUUGUUGCAUCGACCUCAUGCCUUCUUGCACGGUAACAGGCAGAAGGAGGACAGAUAGUUUGCUAGGGGUUUGUGGGAUAACACCUCAAACAAAGCCUGGCUCGCGACUGGCAAGGAUCAGGCUGGUGCUCAGGCUGGCUGGGUUCCGAUUGAAUCAGACGAGCCAAAACCACUUUGGGGAAAGAGGUAGAUGGAACGCGGCUGUGGUUCUGCAAGUGCACCACUGUGGGGGACGUUGAUCAGAUCCACGGACUUUCUGAGCCAGCGAUUUUUGGUGGUGGUUUUGGCAUGCUGCAUAUGCCAUUUGACAGCACGCGCCGAUACGCCGACCGCCGACGCCGCAAAAACCCGCGGCCAUCGAGCGGGAUUGCUUGGUGCUUAUGGAGGCUCUACACUACGAGCACAGCCUUGCAUCUUCCACACUGCGUCGUUGCUCGUUCUGUUUUCUUUUCAUCGUCGACUGAUUGAUGGUUUGGCGGCACCACAUUGCUCUACCUCGACAACUGCAUAUCACGCUUACAAGACGGCGAUAUCACGUUAUCGGGGAAACUUCGGCAGGCAACGUGCUCACACCUAAAAACUCAAAUCGUAUCGGCUGUAGCGAUGGAGUCCUACCACCGCAACCGCCCUCGACAUGUCGCCAUGAGAGACGACCGCAGAUCAGGCGAUGAGCGCAGAGACCGAGGCAGAGCUGGUCGAGAAGUGACACGCUCCCGCAGAUCUCCUUCGCCUCCACCACGUCGACCUCGAGAAUCAGACAGAUUGCCAGACAGCAAACCGCGCGACCCCCCUCCCGACAAGUCACAGCCUUCCGGCCGAAGCCACCAUAGAACACGCGAACGUAGCAGAGAGCGACCUCGUCGAGCAUCCCCGUCGCCUUCCCGUCGCGACAAGUACAGAGAAGACUCUCGUGAUCGAUCUCGUGGUAGGGGUACUGGGGAGUCGCGGCGCGAAUCCCGAGCCAAGCACCCGCGAGAUCGCAGUCAAGGAGCACAGCGAGGUGACGGCGCCGCGUCUCCGUCCUCGAAGCGACUGAGGAGUCGAAGCCCUGACAGGACUGCCACGGAGAGAAAGAAGCCUAGACGAGAUAAUAGCCCGCGUCGUGAUCACCGCGAAGCAGCCCCCGGAGACGGUGGUCGAAGUGCACGAGGCUCGCCACGUCCCUCUCGACGGUCACCCAGUCCCGACCGCCGCGAAUACCGGUCAAAACCCAAGGAAAGAAGUCGGCGAAGGCAUCGAAGCAGGACUCGCUCACCUGAGAGAGAGAAACGAAGAGAUCGUCGUGAUCGUUCUGCGUCACGCCGCCGUGAGCAGUCUCCUGGUCGAAGGAGAGACCGAUCUCCGCUGCCGCAUCGCCAAAGGUCACCAGCCAGACCUCCCUCCACAUCCACAAGGAGUGAUCGUCGCCCGGCAUCGCCGCGACGCAGCUCCAGAGAUAGGCAGCGUAGAAGGCCGUCCCAGUCCCGUCCCUCCACUCGAUCCCUUAGUAGGGGGUCAGGUAGACGAGGGCAACAGGGCGACGAAUCCCGAAUUACUUCCAAGUCUCAACCGUCCUCUGGUGCCAACAGCGUGGAGGUCAGCAUGAGUGGCAGAGGCAAUCAUCGGGGGGGCUUUGUCUCUCAGGGGCCGCCUGCGUUCGCCCACGGCCAACAGUACAGCGACCCACGACAAUUUUCUCAAUCCCCGCAACCAACCCCCAAUUCAUACAACGGAUCCCCAAACCAGUCGCCGUACGGUGCUGGCAGGGGAAACUGGGGUUCUCAAUUUUCUCCAACGCAUCAAUAUCCCCCUCAGUAUUCGCAGUCCAACUACGGUCCUCCCACCGGACCGUCGGGCGCUUAUACACCCAAUCCCUCCUACUCGCCACCGCCAUCCGCCCCGACAGGACCUAUGCACACGAACUAUUCUCAUCCCAAUUAUCGAGGCAACUUCCGUGGGGGACUUCGGACCCCACUCGGACCUGGUCGAGGCGGCUACAGAGGCAACAGCUUCAAGAGUGCUAGCUCUGCACAAUGGACAUCCAAUGCCUCGGGGACCGGCUCUCGGGCCGAUGACAUCAAGUCCCAGCACUCUGCAACGCCUGCUCAGAGUAGCAAGUCCGAUGUUGGCGACAAUGCAGAGGACGGCGAGAACCCGUUCCGCCCAUCUAAGGACAUGCAGGUCGAGGAUACCACACCGUCUGACAAGGCUCCCGAGAGCAAUUCUCAGCGACCCGAAAAGGCUCCCCCUUCUGGGCCGGCUGCCCAGUCGGCCUCAUCUUCGUCGUCGAAGUUCAGCUUUGCGUUUAAGGCAUCUGCAAAGCCCACUCCGACGGCGCCCAAGCCUGAGAUUUCUCAAAAGUUCAACGCUCCUGCAAAGCGGGACACCUCACAGCAGGAUGACUCCAAGGACCGGGAUCGCGAACGAGAUCGUGAACGGGAGCGUGACCGAGACCGAGACCGAGGAAGAGACAGAGAUCGCGAACGUGAUCGUGACCGCGACCACGGCCGUGAUCGAGAACGCGAUAGGGCCCGCGAGAAGGACAAGCAGAUUGACAAGGACAUUCUUCGGAGUGCCCCGACCGAACCGGCGUCGGCGAGGGCCCGCCAGGAACCCAGGCAACCUCCUCCGGGGCCCCGCCAUGCCACCGCUCCGAGGACACGCAAGAUCAAGAAGACGAUGAAGCGCCUGAAGCCAGGACCGAAACUCCCGGACGAUCUUAUCAAAUCAGAGUCUGUCUAUUUCCGCAAACCCGGCAACGAGUCCGUCGUCGGCUCCGGCACGUACGGCAAGGUUUUCAAGGCUUUGCACGUCUACACGAAAGGACUCGUUGCGCUUAAGCGUAUCCGCAUGGAGGGUGAGAGAGACGGAUUCCCCGUUACGGCGGUCCGCGAGAUCAAGCUUCUCCAGUCGCUGCGGCAUACAAAUAUUGUCCAGCUCCAGGAGGUCAUGGUGGAAAGAAACGAUUGCUUCAUGGUUUUCGAAUACCUAUCACACGACUUGACGGGCAUUCUGAACCAUCCAUCCUUCACGCUUGACGCGGCCCAGAAGAAGCACAUGACGAUGCAACUCUUUGAUGGACUCGACUAUUUGCACAAGAGAGGCGUUCUUCACCGAGACAUCAAAGCUGCCAACAUUCUCGUCAGCAGUGACGGCGUUUUGAAGCUUGCAGAUUUCGGUCUAGCCCGCUUCUACGCCAAAAGACACCAGCUGGACUACACCAACCGGGUCAUCACCAUUUGGUAUCGCUCGCCAGAACUGCUCCUUGGUGAGACGCAGUACGGCCCCGCUUGCGAUGUCUGGAGUGCCGCCUGCGUCAUGGUGGAGAUCUUUACCCGCCAUGCCAUCUUCCCAGGUGAUGGAAGCGAGAUCAACCAGUUGGAUAAGAUCUACGCUGUGAUGGGAACCCCGAACAAGGCAGAGUGGCCAGGCCUGAUCGAUAUGCCGUGGUUCGAACUGCUGCGUCCCGGGUACCGCCGGGCGAACACCUUCCCCCAAAAGUACCAGGACAGGCUGCCGGCAUCCGCAUACCGACUCCUGGCCGCCAUGUUUGCAUACGACCCCGCCAAGAGACCGUCGGCCGCCGAGGUACUCGCAGAUGAGUACUUUACCACCGAGGACCCGCCUCCGCAACAGGCCGUGGAGCUUGCUGAUUUGGAUGGCGACUGGCACGAGUUUGAGUCAAAGGCGCUCCGACGAGAGAACGAGCGGAAAGAAAAGGAAGCGCGGCGGGCGGCGUCAUCGGCCAAGGACAGCGGCAACAACAGCAACGGCAGCAGCAACAACAAGCCCCGGGACCGUAAGAGGGAGCCCGAGGCUCACGACGACCGUGGCGACGCUAAGAGGGUCCACGUGGAGACGAAGCCGGCGGUUGCUGUCGAGCGUCCCAGGGCCUAGAAGACCCGGUGGCGCUGACGAGGUCUCCCACUAUUUGGUACGGCCACCCACGACCAAUUUUUCUUGUUUAUCUUACUCUUCUGCAUUGUUUUGCGUUGGCAUGGCGUUGGGGGGGCAUUUUCAUUUGGAAGGGUUUCCACGCGUGGGGUUGGACGAAGG